AUGCGCCUUCACGGCGGCCUUCUCUUCUUCGCGUUACUGGGCCUUAGCCUGGCCCUCACGUCCGCGACCCCCCCUCCCGACGUCCCGCACGCCCUCCGUGUCCUGCGCGUUCCGGGAGGGGACACCGCGCUGUACGUCACCCCCUACCGGGACGGCAUCCUCCGCCUGACGCUGCGGCCGGCAACGCGAUGGUCCUUCACCGUCCCCCACAGCCUCGUCGCAGGGCCGGAGCCGUGGGCGACGCAGGGGCGGAACGCCUCCCCGGCGGGCCCGGCCUCUGUCAUCCCGCACGGGGACUGUGAACUGGCCCUUGGCCUCUCUGCGACAGGGUUCAGAGUGAUGGUAAACUACACGUGCGCCGGCCUCCCGCUGGUGGUCGCAACGGUGCAUCUUCAGCACGCUCCGCGCGCCACCCUAAGCGCCACGUUUCCUUCGGCCAAGGCGAUGUACGGGCUUGCGGCGCACGCGGCGGAUUUGCCUUUACGCCCUGGAAAUACCUACGAAUUAUUUAACCACGACGCUUUUCAAUACCCUUUGAAUAGCACCAGCGCGCUUUACGGCGCCAUCCCCUUCAUCAUGGCGUACUCGGUGAGGGCUACUACGGGAAUGUUAUUCCUUAACGCCGCAGAGCUCAACGUAACUGUGAUGGGAGGGAAUGGUCAUGGGGAUAGCCCUCGUUGUGAAUGGAAUGCAGAGACCGGCCCUUUAGAUUUAUUCUUUUUACCAGGACCUACUCCUAAGAAAGUUCAGCGCCAGCACGCCUAUCUUACAGGGCCAACCGUCUUUCCGCCUUAUUUUGCUCUUGGCUACCACCAGUCGCUUGUAGGCUAUUUCAACAUCAAGGAUGCUCUUUCCAUCGACGAGGGAUUUGAUCAGCAUAACAUGCCCUACGACGCGCUCUGGCUGGAUCUCGAGCACACCGAUAGUGGGAAAUCUUUUACGUGGAAUUCUCGCACCUAUCCUGAUCCGGAGCUCCUUCCAAAUGCGCUUGCCUCGAAGGGGCGUCGACUGGUCGUGCUCUAUCCCCCGAUGGUAAAGCAAAAGGAGAAUUAUACCGUUUACCACGAGUUAGAGAAGGGGAAUCAUUAUGUCCGAAACGCCGACGGUAGCGUUUACAAGGGAGAAUGCUGGGCAGGUGAAUGCUCGUGGCCAGAUUUCCUCAACGCUCACACUCGAGAAUGGUAUGCGCGUUUUUUUUACGACAAACGAUCCCUUGGAAAGGUUUGUGAACCAAUUUACUCGUGGGUUGGGAUGAACGAGCCCUCGGUACUGAAUGGGCCUCGCAGAACAAUGGGAAAGGAGACAGUGCAUAGAGAUGACGAAGGUCAUAGCGUGGAACAUCGAUAUCUGCACAAUAUGUAUGGAUUGCUAUCGAUUAUAUCUGCGUAUAAAGGCGCCGUGAAGGCUAUCAACGAGGGGGUGGAGGCGAAGAGGAGGCCUUUGCUCCUCACGCGUAGCUUCUUCUCUGGCUCCCAGCGGUACGCGGCAGUAUCUACCGGGGAUAAUAUGGCGCGUUGGGAUCAUCUUCAAAGCACAUCUGCAGAGCUGCUCUCGUUAUCAGUCUCUAACUAUCCCUUCUGUGGAAGUGAUAUUAGUGGCUUUUUUUUGGAUCCCGAAGAAGAGCUUUUUGUGCGCUGGAUGCAGUCAGGAAUUUUCUACCCAUUCUUCAGGAGCCAUGCGAAUCACAAGACGAAGCGCCGCGAGCCAUGGACCUUCUCGGAAGAUGCACAACAUCAUAUUCGCAAUGCACUUGCGCUACGCUACGCGCUCAUUCCGUACCUUUACACAGUUUUUUACAAAGCCCACUGUGAUGGGAAUACGGUCCUACGGCCGCUCUUUUUUGAAUUCCCGGAUGAAAAUGAUUUGUGGGAGGAGCAAGCGACGUUUAUGUUUGGACCAUCCUUGCUGGUUUCACCAGUUGUACAUCGAAAAGCCACAGAGACGACGGUGCGUUUGCCCUUGAGCGAAAUAUGGUAUGAAUACUCAACCGGGGAAGCUAUUACAAAUCGUGGUUCGUAUUCAUUGCCAGUAACAAUGGGAAGCAUUCCACUCUUCGUUCGCGGCGGCCAUAUUGUACCCCUUAAGCUUAGACUCCGCCGCAAUACUUACGCCGCCCGAGGCGAUCCAUUUACGCUUUAUGUUGCCCUCAAUGCCAAGGGGGAAAGCCGUGGCGAGCUUUAUCUCGAUGACGGUAUUACCUUCCAGUACAAACGGGGUGAUUCAUUUCAUCGACUCUUUGAAUUCUCAAACUAUUACCUUCGCUGCACCAAUUAUUCAAGGGCAUCCACAAACAGCACUUUUACAGUUCCCAACGUUGUCGAGCGCAUUGUUGUGAUGGGGUAUAACAGGAAACCGUUGAGGAUAUAUCGUAUGGCAGCCACAAGUAAAGGGCUAGGGCUUAAAAUUUGCAAUAAACCUAUGAGGUUUGAGCGCGUAGGAAAUUCUGUUAUUGUUCACAACACAAAGCUAUGGAUAGGGGAAGACUGGGAAAUUCACUUUGAGAAUGAAUAA